AUGGACACCCUGAGAAACCGGACGGUGGAGGAGCUCCGGGAGCUGCAGGACAAUGCGGAGGAGAUCGAGCGCCUGGCCCUGGAGUCCCAGGAGGUUCAGGAGCUGCAGCUGGAAAGGGAGAUGGCCCUCGCUGCCAACCGAAGCUUGGCCGAGCAGAACCUGAAGUUCCAGGCGCCGCUGGAGACGGGGCGCACCGACCUCUCUAACAAAUACGAAGAGCUGCAGAAGCUGGCCGAGCGGUGUAAGGAGCAAAAGGCAAAACUGGAGAAAUUUUCAGCAGCGAUGCAUCCUCAGACCUUGCUGGAUCUCCUGCAGGUGGAAAGCCAGAAAAUCGAAGAGGAGUCUGAGAAAAUGGCCGAGAAGUUCCUGGAGGGCGAGGUGCCCCUGGAAACAUUUCUCGAACAGUUUUCCGUGAUGAGGAAGUUGUCCCACUUGCGCCGGGUCAGAGUUGAAAAGCUGCAAGAGAUAUUGAGGAAGUUGGAAGCGUCGCAGGAGCCCGGCAGGGACUCUCAGCAGCACUUGCCUCCUCACGUACCCGGGCCCGCAGAGCCGCCGAAGCCCCAGCCUUUCCCUUCGGGGGCUCCUUCCUUCCCUUUGCCCUACAGCCCAGCCCCCAGUGUGCCGGUCGGCCCCACAGCUCACGGAGCUCUCCCUCCCGCUCCUUUCUCUGGCUCCCCGGUCACCGUGGGACACGUUGCUUCCUCUCAGCCCGGCACCCAGCCCUCCUUUCCGUAUACGCCUCCUCCAGGUCCUGGAUACCCACCGGUGCAGGCUGCCGAUUCCACGCCGGGCUAUCCCAAACCCCCCUCGGGAGGCUCAUCUCCGGCACCGGGUUAUUCCUGGUCUCCAUCCAGGGGUCCGCCUCAACCCGCAGCGUUUCCUGGCUCUCGCCCUUCUCCUCCGCCGCCCAGACCCGGGUAUCCUCCCUACUUCCCCCCUGGGGCAGGGAGACCGCAGUGCCCCUACCCGACCCAGCCCCCUCUCCCGAAUUUCCCAAUCCCUCAGCAGCCUCCCUAUCCUCCUGGACCUCCCCCACCUUUUGGCUACCCUCCACCUCCGCCCCCUCAGCGCCCUGCUUGGCCUGGCUACUAA